GUAAAACCCAGAGAGUUUGCUUUUGCAUUGCUCUAAAAGAAACUCUUCUGAAGCAAAACAGCAACGAGUCAGGCCAACCACUUUGGCUACGGACCAAGAAUGGUGCCCAGUCUGGAAUGUUUUCUUCCGGAGACUGGUUUCUCUUUUUAGGAGCCUGCAGGAGGAGCCAAGAUCUGGAGAAAAGAAAGCAGAAAGGACUUUGUCCCCAUCCAUAGCCUGUGAGCCUGUAUGGCUGUUUGGAAGAAGCCUGGAAAACAUUAGAGAAAUCGACAGUUCUGGAAAGAAUGUGGACCAGCUUGAGAACGAGCACCGAACCCGCCUACCCACGAGAUAGAAGCUGUGGGCCUCGAGCCCGAUUCUGGGUGCUGGCAGUGGGAAUAGCUGUCAUCUUGUUUCUUCUGGGAUUUUUAAUCGGUUGGCUGGCCAAUAAACAUGCCCAUCAGUUGCCGAGGACAGAUGUCCACAAGAAGAGGAUGGAGGCCUUCAUGAAGGAAAUGAAAGCAGAAAGCAUCAAGCAAUUUCUUUACAAUUUCACCCAGCAACCUCACUUGGCCGGCACACAGGAGAAUUUGCAUCUAGCUGAACAGAUACAAGCAAACUGGAAGGCAUUUGGCCUAGAUUCGGUCCAUCUGGCUCCUUAUGACGUUCUGCUUUCUUACCCCAAUGAGACGAGUCCUAAUUAUAUCGCACUCAUUGAUGAGCAUGGCCAAGAGAUUUUCAACACAUCACUCUCUGAGCCUGUUCCUGCAGGAUAUGAGACCAUUGAAGACAUUGUUCCACCCUAUAGUGCUUUCUCAGCCAGAGGUGAGCCAGAGGGAGAUUUGGUGUAUGUGAAUUAUGGCAGGAUAGAGGAUUUCCACAGAUUAGAGCGAGACAUGGGAAUUAAUUGUUCCGGGAAAAUUGUCAUUGUCAGAUAUGGGAAGAUCUUCAGAGGAAAUAAGGUGAAGAAUGCUUACCUGGCUGGAGCCAAAGGCCUCAUUUUAUACUCGGACCCUGCUGAUUCUUGUGCUCCUGGAGUUCAGCCUUACCCAGAUGGCUGGAAUCUGCCAGGAAGUGGAGCCCAACGUGGCAAUGUCCUCCUUCUGGAUGGUGCUGGAGAUCCUCUCACUCCAGGAUAUCCAGCUAAAGAAUAUGCCUAUCGCUUGAAGGAAGCUCAAAGUGCAGCAAACUUAAAUAUUCCUGUCCACCCCAUUGGUUAUCAUGAUGCUGAGAAGCUCUUAAAGGAAAUGGGAGGCGCUCCUGCACCUGAUGACAGUUGGAAGGGGCAGCUUUCCGUGCCAUAUAACGUGGGACCUGGGUUUACGGGAACUUCUUCAAAAAGAAAAAUAAGAAUGCACAUCUACAGCUUCAAACAAGUGAGACGGAUUUACAAUGUGAUUGGAAUUCUCCGAGGAGCAACAGAGCCAGAUAGAUACGUCAUUUUGGGUGGCCACCGUGAUUCAUGGGUGUUUGGUGGGAUUGAUCCCCAAAGUGGAGCUGCGGUUGUUCAUGAGGUCAUCCGAAGUUUUGGGAAGCUGAAACAGGAAGGUUGGCGACCCAGGAGGACAGUAAUUUUUGCUAGUUGGGAUGCUGAGGAGUUUGGCUUAAUGGGAUCAACAGAAUGGGCAGAGGAAAAUGUCAAAAUACUACAAGAGCGGGCUGUGGCCUACAUCAAUGCUGAUUCUUCUAUAGAAGGUAACUACACUCUUCGAGUUGACUGUACCCCAUCGAUGCAUAGCCUGGUAUACAAUCUAACUAAAGAGAUACCAAGUCCAGAUGAAGGAUUUGAAGACAGAUCUCUUUUUGAAAGCUGGUAUGAGAAAAACCCAUCAAGGGAACAUAAAGGCUUCCCAAGGAUAAACAAACUGGGUUCCGGCAAUGAUUUUGAAGUCUUUUUCCAAAGGUUGGGAAUUGCUUCUGGUAGAGCCCGUUACACUAAAAACUUUAAAGUGGACACAUUCAGCAGCUACCCAGUUUAUCACAGUGUCUAUGAGACGUACGAGAUCGUGGAAAAGUUUUAUGACCCAACUUUCAAGAAUCACUUGGCUGUAGCCCAAGUGCGAGGCGGGCUGGUGUUUGAGCUGGCUGAGGCUGUCAUCCUCCCUUUCGACUGCAGAGAUUACGCCAGGGCACUUAAUAGCUAUGUGGAUAUCAUUUACAACAUAACCACGAAACAUCGGGCAGCGAUGGAAGUACACCAAGUAUCAUUAGAUUUGCUUCGGGAUUCCGUAAAGGCAUUUUCAGAAGUGGCUAAUGACUUUCAUCGCAGACUUGAAUUAGUGGACAUCCAUAACCCACUUGAAGUAAGAUCUUGGAAUGAUCAACUGAUGUUCUUGGAAAGAGCAUUUAUUGAUCCUCUUGGAUUGCCCGGCAGACCAUUUUAUAGACACAUCAUCUUUGCUCCAAACAGUCACAACAAGUACGCUGGAGUGUCCUUCCCUGGGAUCUAUGAUGCCCUGUUUGACAUUGAUCACAAAGCAGACCAAGAGAAAGCGUGGGAAGAAGUGAAGAAGCAGAUCUUCAUUGCUGCUUUCACAAUAACAGCUGCAGCUGGGACUCUCAAAGAAACACCAUGAUUUGCUAGACACCAUGUUUUCAUAGUUCUCGGGUCAACGCUACUUCAGUUGGAUCUUGCUGACAUCAUGAUUAACUUGUUGUGCUCCUAGUAGAUUAAAGAUCAUUAAGUACACUCUGGCUAAAAGAGCCAUUCAGCCCAAGCUGAAGCCAAUAUUAUUCAUCCAUAUGGAUGCUCCCGUGAAAUUCUUUGCUCUCGCUGUCUAUCCAGAAAAUAGCUCCGAUGAGUUAAAUUGUUGUUAGAGGAUCUGCUGACAUUGAGAAAAAUCUCCAUGUUUUUUUAGACCUGGGCAAAUGGGAAGAAGAGGUGGGAAGAGAUUGAAACAAUCUUUGAUGAUUGUUUUUCUGAUCACCAAAGCUAAUGUAAUGGAAAAAAAACCCCACCCCUGCUUAAAACAUGGGUUUUAUCUGGACCAUAACUUCUAUGAAGAUUUUAUCUAGGACUUUAAUACCUGUUGACCUUAAGUGACACAAACACACACCUGUUGUAGGUUUAUUUGGGCGUGGUGGCAGAGUUGAGGAUGAGAUGAUAUAGUUGCUAUAACAAGGGUCCUUUUUAUUACAACAGGAUCCAAUGUUAAGAUAUUAAACUCAAGACUGAAAUUCUGUCCUUCUUUGCUCUUAUGAGAUAUCAUUUAAUAGUAUUUCAUCUUCCUAUAAUUAAGUUUUCUACCUCAAUAUUCUUUGUUCCUUUUCCUCUUCUUUAAGGAUUAUCUCUGUGGGCUGUUUUUCCUUCUUUGCUUCUUUUCAACUCUUUUCUCUUUGCUCUUCAUUUUAGGUAUCACAAUUCUUGCAUGCCAUAGACUAUUUUUAACCAUCUGAUUUUGGAGCUUUAAUGGCAGGAAGGUCAAAGGUAUUUUCGCCCCUCAAGUCCCUUUGUGUACAAAACCAUCAAGUUUUUAAUUAAUAUUUCAAUCCUAAACUGUCAAUAUGCAAGGUUAAUUUUAUGGAGCUACAGUAGGUAGCCAUACUUUCUCAUCUCCAUAUCUAAUCUCCAUGAUGCAAGGACUUACCUCUCUGCAGAAGGCUUUCAUGCUGAGAAAGGUGGGAGUAAAAAGAAGAAGAAGACAACCAGCAACAAGGUGGAUGGAUUCAGUUGCAGGGAUGAUACAAGUGAGGGAUUGCCAGAGAGGUCCAACAGAGUCACAUAUGACUCAAAAAUUAAAAGAUCU